GUCUAUACAAGAAUUUUGGGAACAACUGGACUGCACCUACCAAUUGAACAGCCCCCCUUCAUCCAAACCCGCCGCCCUCCUCCUCUUCCUCCCCUCGUCCUGGAGAGGACAUUGGACACACAAUGAAGUCCUUCCUAGCGGCGACGUUGGCUCUGUCCUCCCUCCUUUCUUCGACACAAGCCCUGUACUUUUACCUAGACGGCACAGCGCCCAAAUGUUUCUACGAAGAUCUCCCCAAGGACACUCUUGUUGUUGGAACAUACCAGGCCGAAGCCUACAACACACAAACCCAGUCCUAUAUUGUGACAUCAGAUCUGUCCAUUCAAGUGACGGUGGACGAAACCUUCGACAAUGACCACCGCGUCGUGACUCAAACGUCCCCUUCAUCCAACACACCAUCAAAAUUCACCUUUUCCGCCGCCGACGCAGGUCUGCAUCGAUUAUGCUUCACUCCGUCUGGCCCCGCGGCCGUGUCAUUGGGUGGUUGGUUUUCCGCCGCAGGCGUCACGGGCGGAGGAGUGAAAUUGACGGUCGACUUGGCCAUUGGCGAGACCAGCAAGAUUGAAAGCGAGGACAAGAGCAAGAUCGAUAGUAUCGUGGCCAAAGUUCGCGAGUUGAAUGGACGGUUGAAUGAUAUUAGACGAGAGCAGGUUUUCCAGAGAGAACGAGAAGCCGAAUUCCGCGACCAGAGCGAAAGUACCAACAGCAAGAUUGUUCGAUGGACCUUGAUCCAACUCACUGUCUUGGCCGUCACCUGCGCGUGGCAAUUGUCUCAUCUUCGCUCAUUCUUCAUCAAGCAGAAAUUGACAUAACAUUUCUUUCGAAACCGAAACCGAAACCGAAACCCCCCCCCC